AAAAGGAACUAAAUAAACACUCCAAUCCUUUUCAUUUAGUGAAAGAAAACAAGAACAAAUUACAUGGCCGGAGAAAAUCAGGAAGUGCAAGUUUUUGGUUUCCGAUUAGGUCCGUAUAGUCUGAGAGUGGAAUUGGCUCUCAAACUCAAAGGCGUCGUUUACAAACAUAUUGAUGAAGAUUUGCUCAACAAAAAGAGCGAUUUGUUGGUGAAAUACAACCCAGUUUACAAGAAGGUUCCUGUUCUUGUUCAUCAUGGAAAACCCAUUUCAGAGUCUCUUGUAAUUCUUGAAUACAUCGAAGAAACUUGGACGCAAAAUUAUACCAUCUUGCCUAAAGAUCCCUAUCAAAGAGCUCUCGCCAGAUUCUGGGCUAAGUAUAUUGAUGAGAAGGUUGUACCUGCAGUACAAAAAGUUGCAAGAAGCCAAGAAGACGAAAGAGAGAAGAGCAUAGAAGACGCACAGGCGGCACUUGAACCACUUGAGGAAGAACUUAAAAACAAGUUGUUCUUUGGAGGAGACACAAUUGGAUUUGUUGACAUUGCAGGCCUAGUUUUAGCUCGUUGGAUUCCUGCCACCGAAGAAGCCGUAGGCUUUGAGCUUUUAUCAGCCCACAAGUUUCCAAAUCUAACUAAAUGGAGUCAAGAUUUUGUGAACCACAGUGUUGCAAAGGAAGUUUUGCCUGAAAAAGAUGUUCUUGUUGCCUUCUUGAAGAAUGUUGUGUUUAGUACAAAAAACUAGGACAUGAUGAUAAUGAUCAAUGCGAGUGAAGAGGAGUUGUAUUAUGAGUUUGGAUUUGUAGUCCUUUUGAUUUAUGUUUAUUGUAUAACUUUCUAUUGGGAGUGUGAGAGUUGUUUUUUUCCAAAAAUGUUAUUAUAUCAAAAUAAAUAAAUAAAGUUGUGUGAUA